CCCUUGGCUGUUUUUUUACGGUAAAGCCCCCCCUUGUCAGGGCUGAAGCCGGGCGGAGGAAUAUGAUGCAUUAAACUAUUUAGCAUUGCCCUCCUUGAUACGUGUCAAACAGCUGUUUCCUCAUACUUGUGGACUUUCAAUGGCUUAGCAACAGCCACAACAGCAUCAGCUGGAGACAGCAACAUAGUACCAUGAAGCCAACAAAACUGGAGAAUCAUCGACGCGGUUGUGAUUUAGGCUCCCAAGUACGGAGUAAACCAGGCUCAAAAUCCACAAUCCACUCCAACCAAGGCCCCUCCCGCGUGCAUCCGGGCUCUCACAUGAUUCUUCCCUUGCCUAGGGCAAAGCGGCAAACGGGGCUCAGAAGCACAAGCUUCACCUCGCUCCAAAGCUUGUUCUGCGCUCAGCUCAGCUCAGCUUUUCGUUUACUCGUCUAACAUGUGUUUACAUGUGCUUUGUGAAAUCAAGAUGCCGUUUAGCAAAAUGCAUGCCGUUUUAGCUAAGCAUUUGCAUCUCCGAGGCCGGCUGCAUUUGCAUCUGAAUAGCUUCCUUACAAGGCAAUCCAGUAGAUUCCAAACGGCAAAUGAUCAGCGCUGCGGUGACCUGUUUCUUUCUUUCCCCCGCUCCGGUUAUUCAUGCUUGUUCGUGUUAGUGCUCCCUUUGUCGCUUAAUGCUACGAACCUCCUGUGUCUCGGGUUCUCUGUCAAAGGACUGGACGGAUCGAGAGCAACUUUGUCUUUAGUCGGCUAUGCUCGCAUCAUCGCCGCCAUUCCCCGAACCAGGGCAGCCAUAGAUACGACGAGGAGCGGGUUGGAAUUAGUAAUUCAAUUCGCCCUUGGAUGUGCAAAGUAGGGUGUGAAGGGACGAUGUGAUGAGACAAAUACAUGCAGCUAUCGGCCGUAGGCAUCAACAUGAUCAAUCCGUUGUGACAGCCAUCCGCGACAAGAGGAGUCCAUCGUGAAUCACUAGAGCCCAUGCCGUAUCGCCGUAUCCGCGCCCGCGCCCGGCCGGUCGAUACGGGAAGCAGACUUUUCUUUUUUUUUUUCGCGCUCAUGGGGGUAUGGCAUGAUUGCCCUCCCCUUGUACGGAGGGUGAAACGCAGAAUUUUCUCAUCUCGUAGCAAUACCGGAUCACGCACGAUGUACGACUCGUGCAUGACGAGAGGACGAAAAAGAAGGAGGGCA